AGACUGGCGAGUGCCCGUGGGCUAAACCUAGGCAGACGAGAUGCGUACCUGUUAUACUGAUAGUGAGAGCGGCCAACAGAGAUACUGAGGGUGACUGUAUGGACAUUCCUGAGCUUGCCUUUGCACUGGGCAAACAGAGAGUCAACUGCUGAGUAUGCAGUUCCGUCGGCGAUAUCCACGAUAUGGCAAGCAAGCAGUAAAUGACGAACACGCUGCUCGAGCCCGAACGCAAUAAUGUCCUCGAGUGUAUGCACAUAUUCUGACUUGUCCUUAAGGGUCAGCUUACGUGGGUUGAUGAAGAUGCUGGCGGACUCGCCUAGGAACCGUUUGGCAACAUAUCUCCACUCUCGACAAGCACCCAUCAGUGGGAAUAGCACGCAGCCAGAUCGUGCUCUGAAGCCCUGGGGACAGCCUGUCCCUCUUGACCGUGUACGAAAUGAUACCUUCGAUGAUAUGCGGCGGAACGUGGUUCAUAGCGGUGCUACACGUCUACACGUUUAAGCGUUUGAAAGAAGAAUGAAAAGUUGCCU